CCCGGGUCCCGCUGGGAAGCUGCUGAGGAGGAAGGAAGGGACGGCACCCUGCAGUCCCUGGGCCAGGCACUGGCAGGGGGCGCCAAGCGGAGCAGUGGCCGGCUGGAGGUCCCCCCCCCCCCCGACCCCGAGAGGGGCAGGGCCCGGGCCCUCCCCUGGGCGGGCGGGGUUGGGACAGAUCAAGACUUCUCUCCGCCUCUGGCUGCAGGAACCUUCGGGCUGCGAGGGCGCGAGCCCUCCUCCACCAGGCGGAGGCUCCGUCAACCUCCUUCACCCCACAGCCUCUGAGGAGCGGUCCUCUGGCUCCGGCUUCACAGCUCAGGGCGCCACUGUUGGGGGUUCCUGGAAGAUUAGGGCACUUUGGAGACAGAAGCUCCCUGCGGUGCUGAGUCUGGAGUCCCCAUGGCCUCGCUGAGCAGAGCCCUGCGUGUGGCCGCCACAUGCCCUCGCCGGGGCCGGACGCGGGGCCUGGGGCUGCGCGCCCUGACCGGCCAGGCCGGCCCCACCGCCGAGAAGAGCGUGCCGUACCGGCGGACCCUGAAGGACCCCCAGGGCCCCUCGACGGUGGCCCGGGGCCCAAGCCAGCCCCUGCCCAGCACAGCCCACGUGGUGGUCAUCGGCGGGGGCAGCUUGGGCUGCCAGACCCUGUACCACCUGGCCAAGCUGGGCGUGAGCGGGGCAGUGCUGCUGGAGCGGGAGCGGCUGACCUCCGGGACCACCUGGCACACGGCAGGCCUGCUGUGGCAGCUUCGGCCCAGCGACGUGGAGGUGGAGCUUCUGGCCCACACCCGGCGUGUGGUGAGCCACGACCUGGAGGAGGAGACAGGGCUGCACACGGGCUGGAUCCAGAAUGGGGGCCUGUUCAUAGCAUCCAACCGGCAGCGUCUGGAUGAGUACAAAAGGCUCAUGUCGUUGGGCAAAGCGUAUGGCGUGGAGUCCCACGUGCUGAGCCCGGCCGAGACGAAGGCACUGUACCCGCUGAUGAACGUGGACGACCUGUACGGGACCCUGUAUGUGCCGCACGACGGUACGAUGGACCCGGCCGGCACGUGUACCGCCCUCACCAGGGCUGCUGCUGCCCGGGGAGCCCAGGUCAUCGAGAACUGCCCCGUGACCGGCAUCCGUGUGCGGACCGACGACUUCGGGGUGCGGCGGGUCGCAGCCGUGGAGACAGAGCACGGCUCCAUCCAGACGCCCUGCGUGGUCAAUUGUGCAGGAGUGUGGGCCAGCGCUGUGGGCCGGAUGGCCGGAGUCAAGGUCCCGCUGGUGGCCAUGCACCAUGCCUACGUCGUCACCGAGCGCAUUGAGGGGAUCCAGAACAUGCCGAACGUCCGCGACCACGAUGCCUCUGUCUACCUCCGCCUCCAAGGAGAUGCCUUGUCUGUGGGGGGCUACGAGACCAACCCCAUCUUCUGGGAGGAGGUGUCAGACAAGUUUGCCUUUGGCCUCUUUGACCUGGACUGGGACGUGUUCACCCAGCACAUCGAAGGUGCCAUCAACCGCGUCCCAGUGCUGGAGAAGACGGGGGUGAAGUCCACAGUCUGUGGCCCGGAGUCCUUCACACCUGACCACAAGCCCCUGAUGGGGGAGGCACCUGAACUCCGAGGGUUCUUCCUGGGCUGCGGUUUCAACAGUGCAGGAAUGAUGCUGGGCGGCGGCUGUGGGCAGGAGCUGGCCCACUGGAUCGUCCACGGGCGCCCAGAGAAGGACAUGUACAGCUAUGACAUCAGGCGCUUCCAUCACCUGCUCACCGACCACCGCCGCUGGAUCCGCGAGCGCAGCCACGAGUCCUACGCCAAGAACUACUCUGUUGUGUUCCCCCACGACGAGCCCCUGGCGGGGCGCAACAUGAGGACAGACCCCCUGCACGAGGAACUACUGGCCCGAGGCUGCGUGUUCCAGGAGCGACAGGGCUGGGAGCGGCCGGGAUGGUUCACCCCGAAAGGCACAGCUCCGGUCCUGCGGUACGACUACUAUGGGGCAUAUGGGAACCGGAUGCACGAGGACCACGCCUACGGCCGGCUGCUGGGGGACGAGUACACGUUCGACUUCCCGCCCCACCACGAUGUGAUCAAGAAGGAAUGUCUGGCCUGCAGAGGGGCCGCUGCUGUGUUCAACAUGUCCUACUUCGGAAAGUUCUACCUGGUGGGUUUGGAUGCGAGGAAGGCUGCCGACUGGCUCUUCUCUGCUGAUGUCAGCCGACCCCCAGGCUCGACCGUGUAUACCUGCAUGCUGAACCACAGGGGCGGCACCGAAAGCGACCUGACUGUCAGCCGCCUGGCCCCCGGCCCCCAGGCCUCCGCCCUGGCCCCCGCCUUUGAAGGGGACGGCUACUACCUGGCCGUGGGCGGGGCCGUGGCCCAGCACAACUGGUCUCACAUCAGCACGGUGCUGCAGGAUCAGAAGUUCCGGUGCCAGCUCAUCGACAGCUCCGAGGACCUGGGUCUGAUCAGCAUCCAGGGCCCGGCCAGCCGGGCCAUUCUCCAGGAGGUGCUGGACGCAGACCUGAGCGAUGAGGCUUUUCCUUUCUCCACCCACAAGCUGGUGAGAGCCGCCGGGCACCUGGUGCGGGCCAUGAGGCUCUCCUUCGUGGGGGAGCUGGGCUGGGAGCUUCAUGUGCCCAAGCCAGCCUGUGUGCCCGUGUACCGGGCUGUGAUGGCCGCAGGCACCAAGCACGGCCUCGUCAACGCCGGGUACCGGGCCAUCGACUCCCUGAGCAUCGAGAAAGGCUACCGGCACUGGCACGCAGACCUGCGCCCCGACGACAGCCCCCUGGAGGCGGGCUUGGCCUUCACUUGUAAGCUCAAGUCAGCGGUCCCCUUCCUGGGACGGGAGGCCCUGGAGAAGCAGCGGGCCAAGGGCCUCCGCCGACGUCUGGUGUGCUUCACGGUGGACGAAAAAGUGCCCAUGUUUGGCCUGGAGGCCAUCUGGAGAAACGGCCAGGUGGUAGGCCACGUCCGGAGGGCUGACUUCGGGUUUGCCGUUGACAAGACCCUCGCCUACGGCUACAUCCGGGACCCCAGCGGCCAGUCGGUCUCUCUGGACUUUGUGAAGAGUGGUGACUAUGCUCUGGAGCGGAUGGGGGUGGCCUACCCUGCCCGGGCUCACCUGAAGUCUCCCUUCGACCCUGACAACAAGAGGGUGAAGGGAAUCUACUGACCCCCCCGCGGGGCGGAGCCUCGGUGCAUCAGGAGGCUGAGACCUGCUCCGUCCCUCGCUGACCCUCCCCACGGGGCCCGCCGCCCUGGCCCAGGACUGGACCCGGCCAGAGCAGGGGUCCUCCCCGCCCUCCUAGUGCAGAGCUGCUCGCCCCCCAAACAGAUACCACCCGAGCGGACAGGAGACCCAGAGGGCCUGUCCUAUGGUCACUGACCAGAGGCUGGCCUCUAGUCCACCCCUACCCCCCAAAACAAAGCUGCAAGGUCUUGGGCUCAGGGAGCGUGCCAUGUGGCCCUCUAGAAGCUUCUGAGAAGGUGCGUAGUUAACCCCUAGUAAGCCCAGUAUAGAAGCAGGGAAGCAAAGGGAUCUGCCUGGUACCCCAGGCCUGCCUCACGAGCAGACUGUCCAGAGCAGAGCACCGCUGGAGAGUUUCCAGGUGCAUCUGGAAUUAGGGACAGAGUGAGUAUUGUUUAGUACUGUCUGCCUCGGGCGCAGUUUAAAGGCAGAGAGCAGGGGUGCCAGCUUGGCUGGGUCCCUGCGGCCAGGCCGUUGGGCAGGAUGGUCCGUUUCCCAGAGGCUGGCAGAGGAGGGAAUCCAGGAAGCAAAUUCUUCCUGCCUUGACCUGUUUCUCACACGGGAAAGCGUUCUGAGCACCACCAGCUGGUGAAAUAGGUGAGCAGAAGCAGGGCGUGGGAGGGGUGGGUCUCACAUCGGUGCCCUCCCUCGCCCAUGCAGAAGCCCCACCUCCUGCCUCAGUUUCCCCAAGAGCACGUCGUUCGCUAGGUCCAUGAAGGAGCAGCGUGUUGCCGGGUGAGAGCCCGACAGACCCUCCUGCCUUGUGGCCUCUGUCCUUGCUUUGUGACUGGGACGUGGCUCCCGCCUCCCCGCUCUCUCCACUUGUGGCCCCGGGGAAGGGCCUCGCACAGGGUCUUUAAAGGGGGUGACUCCCCUGCACCCCUUCUCUGGGCCUUCAGAGCUCUCUAACAUCUGCCUGUGUGACCCUCCUCCCUGCCUUCCUGGCCAGGAUAAGCGUGUGUCCCGCCCCGUGCCCCCGUCCCCGGUCCCUCCCCUGUCACCUCUCCGGCUCACCCCAGCAGGAUCUCGGCCCCCACCAGGCAGCCCGGGGGCCGCCCAUGCGGCCUUGCCCGGCAUGCCUGACUCUCUGGGGAGCAGAAGGUGGCGGGUGUGCGGGGGACAAGGAGGAAAGGGUCCCCGCAGACGCUCGCAGAAGCCACACGGUCACUGGGGUAGGGGGCAGUCCCUGGCGAGCCCCGGCUGCUUUCAGAUGCUCACAUAGUACACAGCCCCACCGUGGACCGCGCUGGAACAGGUCAGGCUAAUAAAGUCGAAGUCGUGGGAAGAUG